AUGCAUGACCGUGGAAUACAAGUGGAAAAUCAUUACACCACAAAAACUAAUGAAAACCUCGCGGCAGUGUGCGAGGGGCAGUUGUGUCGGGCGGACUGUCCACUGCAGUACCAUGAUCUACAUACUGUACAGGUAUUGAGGACUCCGGACAUGUCUCCUCUCAACAACACUGUCCAUCCCCUGGACCCCUCGCUCCCGCUGCAACCCCCCAAGAAGACCGGAUGCUGUGGUCGGCUGUGUGACAAGCUGUGUUGCCGAACACCUGAUAAGGUUUGUUGCUGCAUAAAAACUCCAAACUGCUGCAGCGGGCUGGGCCGUGGACUGGGAGCUCUCUGCAGCAAACUAAACUGCUGCAAGAAGAUGAAUUGCAGCAGUUGCUGCGGAAAGACUGACACUAAAACGAAAAAUAAACCCAAGCCUGCUCGGCAAAGCAGUAGACUACGAGACUGCUUGUCACGCCUGAACUGCUUCCGCUGGUCCACGUGUUGUCGCAAGAGACAACCCCCACCACCGAGGGAUGAGGAGGAGGGGGACGAGGGGGGAGGCUGCUGUGACGGCUGCAAGUAUCGCUCCUGCGGAUGUUUCAGGGCGUUGUUCUGUCUCAACCGAGCCUGCUGUCAAAGAAUGCGGGCUUGCUGCAGAUGUACAAGGUUUGGUUGCUGCAGAUCAGGGGGAUGCUGCGGUCCUACCCCUCCUGCACAGCUGGACCGCAGAAAAAGCAGACUCAGCGUCCGCAAGAGUCAGACCAGCAUUACGCAAGGGAUCCCCAAGCUAGAUCCUACCUUGGUAGAACACCAGUCUAUGAUGCGAGGGGCCGUGCCUGUACUGCCUGUGCCUCUAGCCUGGCUGUGCUGCAUCCUCAAUGUCUUCCUGCCUGGUACAGGCACAUUAUUGAGUGGAGUGUUCUGCAUGUGUUUCGGCAAGCCGAGGUUCUCAGUGAACGACUCGUACCCGUCUCGAUUGACAGCGUUCCUCAUCAACCUGGUUGUGUCCGUGUCGCAACUCUUCACCGUCAUAUUCUGUCUGGUCGGAUGGGGUUGGAGUAUUUGGUGGGGUGUGAUGAUGGUACGCUUUGCAAGAAAAAAUAAAAGGAUUCAACUGGCAGAAAGAACAGGCGGAGACCAACCAGCGGCUGCGCCAGUGGCGGUCAAUCAGAAUCAUGAUGUAGAGAGAGCUCGAUAG